CAUGCUCCUCCCGGUGCGCUGCAGUGAUGAUGGUGACAUGGUGCACUAGUAUCGGUUGGUCGCUGUCGGUGCUCUCGGCGCUCGUGACAGUGCUGAUCGGUGCGCGCCCCGUCACGUGCCGCAGCGCGCUCCCGGUCAUCAUCACUAACAUCACCGACAUCAACAUCUCCAACUCCUCCGCUGCACCGCCACGGCACGCGCGCAGUUACCCUCACCUGCAAGGCGACACGCGCCGCCGGAAACUCUUCUCUUUCCAAAGGUUUUUCCUCCGGAUAGACGGCACCGGGAAAGUGACCGGCACCAGGAGCAAAGAUGAUGUGCACACUGUUCUGGAGAUCAGGUCUGUGGAUGUGGGAGUGGUGGCCAUACGGAGCCUGACCACUGGUUAUUACCUUGCUAUGAACAAGAGAGGAGAUGUGUAUGGAGAGAGAGAGUACAGUGUGAACUGUGGGUUAAAGGAGCGUAUCGAGGAGAAUGGCUACAACACGUAUGCCUCGGUGAAGUGGAGGAAAGAACACAGAGCCAUGUUCAUUAGCCUGAACACUAAUGGGAAACCGCUGCGUGGCAGAAAAACACACAGGAGGAACACAAACACUCAUUUCCUGCCCAUCAUUGUGUGAGGUGUAACACGUGGCCUGCUGGUGAAGAACACUUUUGUGUGGUACAGGACUGAUGAGAGGGGUGUGUGAGAAACUCAGUAUUGAGAAGCUCACCUCAUACUGAUUCUGGAUCAGAACUUUCAUUUCUUUGCAGCAGUGAGUUCAACACACACACACACACACACACACACACACACUUUCAGCUCAUAGAUUCUCACAACCUGGAAGUCAGAAGGAGGAAUUCAGGGUCUGAACUAAGGAAUGGAAUCCAGAAAUAAAAGUAACUCAUGAAACUCUGAGGAUCUGUGAUUCAGAAACUGGAAUUUUGAAAUCAGAGCUUUGGGAUCUGAACUUGUCAUUGACAUAGACAUCAGCACCAAAGGGAACUCAGAACCUGUCAGAAUUCAGAACAUAUAAUUUACAAAACCUAUGAACUUCACUUUCAGUUUCUGAAAAUCAAAAACGUACAAACACAAAAGCUUUAAUUAAGACAUUAAAGGUUAUAAAGCAUAUGAAGAUUAUUUUUAUAGCUUUUUUUAUUAUUACUAACAGUUUUAAGUUAUUAAUGUUCUUAGUCUCAGAAGCUGGAACUCAGAGUUCAGAACAAUAGACCAGAGACUAUUAUUUCUCAGAAUUAUAUCAGAAUGUAAUGUGAGUGUCUGAGUCUCCAGUGUUCUGAGAGAAUAUUUAUUUCCACUAUAUUUGUAUUAAAGUCUACAAAAGAAAUGAAAA